UCCUAAAAGGACACUAUGAACUGGGAAUCUGCCAGACACUGGUGCAGGCAGCAUUACACAGACAUGGUAGCCAUCCAGAACAAAGAAGAGAUUUCUUACCUCAACAGUAUCCUUCCAAAAGUCCGUGGAUAUUACUGGAUUGGCAUUCGUAAAAUUAAUGGCAGUUGGACCUGGGUCGGAACUAAUAAGACACUUACCGAGGAAGCUGAGAACUGGGCAGAUAAAGAGCCCAAUAAUGGAAUGAAUAAUGAAGACUGUGUGGAAAUAUACAUUAAAAGAGAGAAAGAUGAAGGCAAAUGGAAUGAUGAAUCUUGCUUGAAGAGGAAAACUGCACUCUGCUACACAGCAUCCUGCAAAGACGACUCCUGUGUCAAUGGUCAAGGAGAGUGUGUCGAAACCAUAAACAGCCAUAAAUGCUCAUGCUUUGAGGGUUUCUAUGGAGAGCGAUGUGAACAUGUUGUAAAAUGCAAACGAGAGGACGUCGCCCCACCAGAUCAUGCUAGCAUGCUAUGCUCUCAUCCUCAUGGAAAUUUCUCAUAUGACUCUCAGUGUGAAUAUUCCUGUGUUGAGGGUUAUGAACUAAAGGGCUCCAAUACGACAAGAUGCACUUCUACCAAAGAGUGGUCAAGCAAACCACCAACCUGUGAAUUUGUUCAAUGUCCAGAGCUGAUCGAACCACAGGAUGGCAAAAUGCACUGCCAAAAUCCUAUUGGCCAGUUCAGCUACCAAUCUACCUGUGAGUUUAUGUGUGAAGAAGGAUACACGCUCCGAGACUCCAACUCCUCUUCACUGAUCUGUGGGGCAACGGGACGCUGGAAUGAUACACAACCCACUUGUGAAAUAAUAAAAUGCAAAGCAGAGGAUAUCCCCUCACCAGAUCAUGCUAGUGUAAACUGCUCUCAUCCUUAUGGGAAUUACUCAUAUGACUCUCAGUGUGAAUACUCCUGUGAAGAAGGUUAUGAACUAAAGGGUUCUAGUGCGACAAGAUGCACUUCUACCACAGAGUGGUCAAGCAAACCACCAACCUGUGAAUUUGUUCAGUGCCCAGCUCUUGACCAUCCUGUUAGUGGAGAGCUGAGCUGCACUUCUAGCUUUAAAUAUGGGAGCAAAUGCAGCUUCAGUUGUGCUGAAGGAUUCCACCUCCAGGGAGCUUCAGAAAUCAGCUGUACAAAAGAAGCAAAGUGGAGUCUGGAACCACCUCGCUGUGAAGCAGUGCUCUGCCCACAACUUUCUAAACCAAUCAACGGGCAUAUAAACUGCUCAUCUGAAGAACCCACCUCUGGCACCUUCUGCAUCUUCAGCUGUAAUGAAGGCCACCGACUUGAAGACCACAGUAACGAGACAGUGAUGUGCAACUACAAUGGGAGCUGGUCAGGGGGAGUAGCAGUGUGUCAAGCUCAUCCGGAUCCCUCUGAAUCACUCCUCAAAGAAACAGUAGUGACUCUUGGUGUUUCAGGCGCUAUCAGCGUGUCCGGUCUGGGCUUAGUCCUCUGGAUACUGAAGAGACUGAGGAGGAAAGCUGACAAAUUUGAUCUGAACAGUACCUUGGAUAUUGAGGAUCCACCACAGAUUUAUAAGAACAGUAUUGACACCCUGGCUCAUCAGCUCUCCAUCACCACCUUGGGCUCUUCCUCCACCAUGGCUCCUCCCUCCGUCAGGUCCACCGUGGGCCGCCAUCAUGGCUGUGUCCAUGGUCCCAUCUGGCUCCUCCUGUCUCCUCCCUCUCUCCUACCUGGCUCCUCCCUCCAUGGUCUUUGUCUGCUGGCUCCCUCCAGAAAGAACUUGGUUCCCACCCAGUUCUCCUCUGUUGUUCAAUGGUGUCUUAUGGUUUUGUUGGCGCAUAUUAGACUAUUUGUAUAUCUUGUCCUUGUAACUGGAAUUUAUAAUGUUAAGGCCUGGACUUACCAUUACAACAUAACCAUUAAUAUGGACUGGACAACAGCUCGUCAGUGGUGUCAGAAGCAUUACACUGAUAUGGUGGCCAUCCAAAACCAUGCAGAAGUUGAAUACCUCAACCAAGUUCUACCUUUCAAUAAAGGAUACUAUUGGAUUGGCAUUAGGAAGAUUAAUGGUAACUGGAUGUGGGUUGGGACCAAAAAGAACUUGGACCCUGAAGCAGAAAACUGGGCAGAAAAUGAACCAAAUAACAAGGGAUCUGAACAAGACUGUGUAGAGAUCUACAUUAAGAGGACCAAAGAAACAGCCAAGUGGAAUGAUGAGAGGUGCAGCAAAAAGAAAGCAACUGUCUGUUAUUUAGCCUCCUGCUCAAAAGAAUCCUGCAGUGAGCAUGCUGAGUGUGUGGAGAAUAUUGGGAGCUACGAAUGUCAGUGUCUCCCAGGUUUCACGGGGCCACGCUGUGAGGAAGCUGUCCAGUGUCUGCCCAUAAUUGAUGUCCCUGGUGGUUGGAUGAACUGCACUCACCCUCUUUCCAUUCAUAGCUUCAACUCAAGUUGUGACUUCAAGUGUGAGGAAGGAUUCGAGCUCAAGGGCUCAAAUACAACCUGGUGUGACCAGACUGGGAAGUGGACACACAAACCCCCCACUUGCCAAGUUGUAAAGUGUGAUCCACUGAAGCCCGUGUCACAUGGCUCGCUGCAGUGUUCUGACCCUGUGGAGUUUGCUUAUGGCUCCAGUUGCUGGUUAAAAUGUGAUUUUGGUUUUGCCCACAAUAGUACAAAUUCCACUCACUGUACCAAAGAGGGAAAGUGGAGUCAUAUCCCUCCUGUUUGCCAAGCUAUACAGUGUCCGCCACUCUCUGAUGCACCAAGUUAUGGAAGCAUAACCUGCACACACCCUCUCUCCACCAACAGCUACAACUCCAGCUGUGAGUUUAAGUGUGAAGAGGGUUUUUUGCUUAAAGGUGCAAAUUCCACGCACUGUGAUCAUACUGGGCACUGGACACACAGCACCCCGAGUUGUACAGCUGUGGCUUGUGCCCCUCUCGUGACCCCUGCAAAGAGCCAUCUGACAUGUGCUGAUCCACUGGGAAUGUUCUCUUUUCGUUCUUCUUGUAUCACUACUUGUGAGGAGGGAUACACACUGAGAGGAGAAACCACACUCACUUGUUUGAGUGAUGGCAGCUGGUCAGCACCAACACCUGUAUGCCAAGUUAUAAGAUGUGAUGCUCUGGAGUCUGGGCAGCAUGGCUCUCUGCACUGUCAGGACCACCUGGGAAAAUUCAGCUAUGGUACCCUGUGCUGGCUGGAGUGUGGAGCUGGAUUUACAUUAAAUGGAAGAAAUUCUACUUCCUGCACCUCACAAGGAAAAUGGAGCCAUGAAUUUCCUGUUUGUCAAGUGGUGACCUGCAAUGCAAUCUUGGCUCCUGCAAAUGGUCAUCUGACAUGUGCUGAUCCUUUGGGGAAAUUCUCUUUUCGUUCUUCUUGUAAUGUUUCCUGUGAUGAGGGAUACAAAAUUAGAGGAAAAUCUACACUCACUUGUCUAAGUGAUGGCAUUUGGUCAGCACCAACACCUGCGUGUGAAGUUGUAAAGUGUGAUCCACUGAAGCCCGUGUCACAUGGCUCGCUGCAGUGUUCUGACCCUGUGGAGUUUGCUUAUGGCUCCAGUUGCUGGUUAAAAUGUGAUUUUGGUUUUGCCCACAAUAGUACAAAUUCUACUCACUGUACCAAAGAGGGAAAGUGGAGUCACAUCCCUCCUGUUUGCCAAGCUAUACAGUGUCCGCCACUCUCUGAUGCACCAAGUUAUGGAAGCAUGACCUGCACACACCCUCUCUCCACCAACAGCUACAACUCCAGCUGUGAGUUUAAGUGUGAAGAGGGUUUUUUGCUUAAAGGUGCAAAUUCCACGCACUGUGAUCAUACUGGGCACUGGACACACAGCACCCCGAGUUGUACAGCUGUGGCUUGUGCCCCUCUCGUGACCCCUGCAAAGAGCCAUCUGACAUGUGCUGAUCCACUGGGAAUGUUCUCUUUUCGUUCUUCUUGUAUCACUACUUGUGAGGAGGGAUACACACUGAGAGGAGAAACCACACUCACUUGUUUGAGUGAUGGCAGCUGGUCAGCACCAACACCUGUAUGCCAAGUUAUAAGAUGUGAUGCUCUGGAGUCUGGGCAGCAUGGCUCUCUGCACUGUCAGGACCACCUGGGAAAAUUCAGCUAUGGUACCCUGUGCUGGCUGGAGUGUGGAGCUGGAUUUACUUUAAAUGGAAGUAAUUCUACUUCCUGCACCUCACAAGGAAAAUGGAGCCAUGAAUUUCCUGUUUGUCAAGCACGGCAAUGCAGCCCCUUAAUUAAACCCUCUCAUGGCACUGUAACCUGCACUCAUCCUAAUGGGCAGUUCAGCUUCGGUACAGUGUGUAAUGUGAGCUGUCAGGAAGGCUUCAAACUACAUGGGACACCCCAAAUAGAGUGCUCGGAGAUGGGGAAGUGGACAGACACCCCAGCCUUCUGCUCAGCUCAACAGUGCCCCCAUUUGGCCGCUCCAGUAAAUGGCUGGUUGAACUGUUCUCAUCCUCACUCGUCGUUUAGCUAUGGUUCACGAUGCUUCCUGGGAUGUGAGACUGGCUUUGAGAUUACAGGAGUGCCAGUCAUGGAAUGCUCUGCUUCUGGGAACUGGAGUCAGGAGAUGCCCUAUUGUGCUGCUGUUCGUUGUGAUCCCCUUUCACUCUCUCAUCUUCCGGAGCUGGGAACUCCACCCUCAAUGAACUGCUCUCACCCCCAUGGAAACUUCAGCUUUGGAUCUCAGUGUACGUUCCAGUGUGCUGAGAGCCAGAAGCUCAGUGGAACCAGUCAGCUCAGCUGCACCUCCAGUGGGUACUGGACCAACUCUCCACCAAGUUGUGUUGUAAAGGAGAUGUCAGUGGGUGCCGGCAUGCUGAUGUAUGCAGCUGUGGGAGCUGCUUCUUCCGCUGGUCUACUUCUAUUCGGAGGACUAAUGUUUCUGUUGAUGCGCCAAUUGUUUAAAAAGAGUAAAAAACUGAUUGAUCCUGUUCCACCCUUGGAACAACCGUUUUUAUACUAAUAAAAAUGGUCAUUUAUUGGGAUUUGACUAAAUUAGUUGGUUGGUAUUUAACAAUAUACUUUACAUUUAACAACAUACUUUAUUUAGUGCUUGCAAACUGUUUAAAUGUUUAGCUUUAGUACAUUUAUUCAUUUAGCUGACGCUUUUGUCCAAAGCGACUUACAAUUGCUAUUUAUGUCAGAAGUGGCACGCCUCUGGAGUACCUAGGGGUAAAGUUUCUUCUAACCCUGGUCUCUCACACCAAAGGCAUGUGUCUUAUCCACUGCACCAACACCACCCCAACCACCUUUAGCAUGUACUAUUCUAAUAAAUCGCAACAUGGACCAGUCCCAUCACUUCCAGGAACAAUUUAGCACUAAACGUACUUGUUCAACUGUUGUUCCAAACCUGUAUGACUUUACAGUAUAUCUUCUGUGGAACAUACAAGACGAUACUUCUUAUUGUUCUUUUUGUCCAUACAAUAUAAGUCAAUGUUAACCAAAAUGUUUACCAACAUUUCUCAAAAUACAAAUUCAUACAGAUUUGGAACAACAUGAGGGCAAGUAUGACAGAAUUUUUCAGUUAUCUUACCUAAAUGAAUUCUUCUCCACUGCAGCUAAUUACAGUCUGACUGACUCUUGAUGGGAAGAGAAUUUGAACCCAACAUUUGAAUUCUGUUAAAAUAAAUAUACAUUUAAGUAAAGUAACUGAUAUUUUCCAUCUAGUUUUGUGCUUGCAAUAAAUAAAAAACUGAACUGAA